AUGCUUAUGUUUCAAUGGACUUUGAUGCGGUGCAAUGCCAAGAUGCCCCUGCCUGCUAUAAAUUCUACUCUUCCGCCUGUCUGCGCCGUGACCUACCCAGAUGGCUCAACAGCUAUCGGUGCAGCAAUCGAUGGGUUAGAAGCUUCCACCAGGACUCUGACAUGUUCGGAGCAACAAACGUUUUGUUUGGUGGUCCGUGCCAGCGUCCAGCGUACGACAGGCACUCCAGAACCCACGCCAACAACCGGAACCACUGGCCCAACACCCACAUCUUCCUAUGCCAGGGUUUCCAAUUGUGAGGCUGUCCUCUGCGAAAACAAGGCUGAUCUGCAAGAGGUUGGUGGAGUGAUAUGCGAGGGGGCUCAAGGGUGUGACGUUACUAUCCUUCCUUCUCUUUGCACUGUGGUUCCCCGAUUGGACUUCUGUUGGUUCUGGAAUUGCUGCCGUUACCGGCGUCUCAUACGAAUCCUAUGCUAA